AUGUUCUUGCUCGUGGUGUUUGUUUCGCUCAUACUUUGUAUCGUGAUUAUAACUCUUCCGGCUAUUCUGGGACUUACUCAAUUUGAAAAGAACAAGCCUGGAUCCAAAAAGAAAACCAAGAAGUCCCAUGAAGUUUUCACAGGUUAUGUCGGCACCACCCAGGAAGAGCAACGCAAGAGGGACAAGUUGAAGGAGAAAAUCAACGUCACUAAUGAAGACCUUCCUGUGAAGAUUUCCCUCAAAGGUGUUGACGGUUCUGGUCUCCGGAACCGUAAUCAUGAAAAAUUGGAUAUCAAUCGCGACCCUAACCAAUAUGAUUACGACUUGGAUGAGCUUAUCAGUGAAGAGACUGAAAGAGUUCGUAAGGAAACGGUAGCUGAGUUUUACAAGGAUGAAAUGGGGAAGGACAAGGAAGAGUUGGUUUAA